GGCGGGCGCCGGGCCGCAUGAACAAUAGGCGGCGGUCCCGGCCCCGCCGUCCCCCGCAGUGCCCGGCUGCCGCGGGCGCCUCCCCCUAUGGAGCAGCCUCGCCAUGGAGCCCCUCACCGAGCUCAGCCAGGAAGGCGCGGGCGGCGGGGAGCCGCCGGGCGGCGGGCCGCUCUGGACCGCCGUCUUCGAGUACGAGGCGUGCGGCGAGGACGAGCUCAGCCUGCGGCCGGGGGACGUGGUGCAGGUGCUGUCCCGGGACUCGCACGUGUCCGGCGACGAGGGCUGGUGGACGGGCAAGAUCGACCAGCGCGUCGGCAUCUUCCCCAGCAACUACGUGAGCAGCGGCGUGCCGGGAGGCGGCCCGGAGCUGCGCGCCCGAUACCCGCCGCCCCCCGCCAUACAGCUCCUGGAGAUUGACUUCUCAGAGCUUGUUCUGGAGGAAAUCAUUGGCAUAGGGGGCUUUGGAAAAGUGUACCGAGCUGUGUGGAUAGGAGAUGAGGUUGCUGUCAAGGCAGCUCGCUACGACCCUGAUGAGGACAUCAGCCAGACCAUUGAGAAUGUCCGCCAGGAGGCCAAGCUCUUUGCGAUGUUAAAACACCCCAACAUCAUUGCCCUCAGGGGCGUGUGUUUAAAGGAACCUAAUCUUUGCCUGAUCAUGGAGUUUGCCCGUGGAGGAUCACUAAAUAGAGUGUUGUCUGGUAAAAGGAUACCUCCUGACAUACUAGUGAACUGGGCAGUACAGAUUGCGAGGGGAAUGAACUACCUGCACGAGGAAGCGAUUGUUCCCAUAAUUCACCGUGACCUGAAGUCCAGCAACAUACUGAUACUCGAAAAGGUGGAAAAUGGAGAUCUGAGCAACAAGAUGUUGAAGAUCACGGAUUUCGGCUUGGCCAGGGAAUGGCAUAAAACUACCAAAAUGAGCGCAGCUGGAACAUAUGCCUGGAUGGCUCCUGAGGUCAUCCGCUCCUCCAUGUUCUCCAAAGGCAGCGAUGUUUGGAGUUAUGGUGUGCUGCUUUGGGAACUGCUGACAGGAGAAGUGCCAUUCCGAGGAAUUGAUGGUCUUGCGGUAGCAUACGGUGUUGCCAUGAAUAAACUUGCCCUUCCAAUCCCUUCCACGUGUCCAGAGCCUUUUGCCAAACUCAUGGAAGAUUGUUGGAACCCUGACCCACACUCACGACCUUCCUUUGCCAGUAUCCUAGACCAUCUUACUGCCAUAGAAGAGUCUGGUUUCUUUGAAAUGCCCAAAGAUUCCUUCCACUCCCUGCAGGAAGACUGGAAACAAGAGAUCCAAGAGAUGUUUGAUCAGCUCAGAGCCAAAGAAAAGGAGCUGCGCACAUGGGAAGAAGAGCUGAGUCGUGCUGCUGUUGAACAGAAGAAUCAUGAAGAGCUGUUGCGAAGGCGGGAACAGGAGCUGGCAGAACGCGAGAUUGACAUCCUGGAAAGGGAGCUCAACAUCAUCAUUCACCAGCUGUGUCAGGAGAAGCCUCGAGUGAAGAAACGCAUGGGAAAGUUCAAGAGGAACCGGCUCAAGUUAAAAGAUGGCAAUCAUAUCAGCCUACCUUCAGAUUUUCAGCAUAAAUUCACUGUGCAGGCUUCUCCAACGAUGGAUAAAAGGAAAAGCUUGAUCAGUAGCUGCUCCAGCCCUCCUGCAAGUCCUACCAUUAUUCCCAGACUCAGGGCCAUACAGUUGACUCCUGCUGAAAGCAGUAAAACGUGGGGGCGAAGCUCAGUCCUUCCAAAGGAGGAAGGAGAGGAAGAAGAGAAGAGAGGCCAGAAGAAAAAGGGACGCACGUGGGGACCAAGUUCACUUUGUCACAAGGAGCUAGGUGCAGGAGAAGAUGGUCUGAAAGCUCUGGUAGAAGGAUACAAACAGUGGUCAUCCAGUGCACCGAACCUUGGAAGGAUCCAGAGAACUGCACCAGCUUUUCCAGGAUUCACCAGCUUAGCAGAGAUGGAUGAUGAGGACAGCGAAUGUCUUAAUGGAGAGGACAAAGUGCACCCUUCACCUGUACACAAUCAGUCAUACCUCUGCAUCCCAUUUCAGAAGAGUGAAGACUGGGAUGGCCCUUCUAGUGAUGCCAAUGAGGAGUCCACCCCUGUAAACUCUGCUACUAGUACCCCACAGCUGACACCCACCAACAGCCUCAAACGUAGUGGCUCCCACCACAAGCGAUGUGAGGUUGCACUGCUUGGCUGUGGAGCAGUGCUGGCUGCUGCAGGCCUGGGUUUUGAUCUGUUAGAAGCAGGGAAGUGUCAGCUGCUGAUUGAGGAGGAGCCGGAGGUGCCCAAGGAAGAGAAGAAGAAGCGUGACAGCAUUUUUCAGCGAGCUGGACGCCCACGCAGGAGCACUAGUCCACCUUCCCGGAAGAUCUUCAAGAAAGAAGAUCCCAUGUUACUGCUAGGCGAGCCAUCCACAUCCCUUACCCUUCUUUCCCUGUCUUCCAUUUCCGAAUGUAAUUCCACCCGGUCCCUGCUGCGCUCAGACAGUGAUGAGAUUGUGGUAUAUGAAAUGCCUGUCAGCCCAGUGACAGUCAAGGCUCCUUUGCCAGCCAUUACCAACCCACUAGUCAAUGUUCAGAUCGAGAGGUUCAAACAAGACCCCAACCAGUCCCUGACUCCCACACAUGUGACAGUCUCUUCCCACACCCAGCAAAGCGGGCACAGGCGCACACCUUCUGAUGGGGCCAUCAAAGGGAGUGGACUCAUUGUCAACGGGUGCCCAACCAGUGGAUGCCCUUCCAGUAGCUGUUUAACUGGAGCACUGGGAGCAGGAAUGGGAGUAGUUGCCUUCCUCUUCAUAGCAUGCUGUUAUCUUAAGACUUUGUGGACAAUACUGCACAGAGAUGUUGCUUCGAUAUGUCACGAAACUGGAUACCUCUCAUUCUGUGGAAGCCUUACUUUCGUGAUUUCACAAGGCAGUAUGGAAAUGAAUUCAUGGCUUAUUCUGCUGCUCCCUCUAUUGAACACACUAGUAGAAAGUCAUAUGCUGCAGUUAAGAUGUGCAUUUGCUUUUAGUUUUUCCCAUGCUGAGUUUUUUUUCAGCCACUCUUCUAUUGGUCGGAGAUGGACACAACUUCUGAAAUUACCUAUAUCAACUUUAUUUUUGUAUGUUGAAAGUAGUGACUGCCAGGCUAACGAGGUAUGUGUGCUUGAUUAAAAAGUAGUUUGUCACUUGUAACUGGAUGGUGGAUCUGAUGUAGCUACCAAAAUUAUUAUUAUUCCUCUCUAACAAGGAUCUCUCUUUUUGCUACUGGAAAGUCUCCAGCACUUCAUCAGUGUUUGUACACAAGAAAUACAUUUUAUCUCCUUCUGUACAUGUGUGAAAAACCUCUUACUUUUUCUGACCAGGAACAUAAUUUUCCUACUAAGAAUGGCUACUUGGACUCUGUGUUUUUGUUCGCUUUCUGUUUGUUUGGGGAUGUUGAUUAUUUUUGGUUUGUAUUUUAAGCCUAUGAAAUAUAUAUGUGUCUGAGGUGCAUCCUGUAUUCCUAGGUGCCUUCCAUCUCACAUGUUUCCUUGCUAGGAGCUGAGUUUUUUGGAGGAAACUCCUGGUUGUAGCUUUCAGUACUGUUCUUCAUCACACACCAGGCCAAAUAUCAGAACAGUGUUCAUGUCCUCCCAGUUAGAGAUGUGCCCACACCCCUGUGUGAAGAGAUGCGUUAUCACUGGCUCUCAGUAUCUCUGUUAGAAUUUUGCCCCUGCCCCAUCUUUAUUGGUUAUUUAUUCUUGUUACCAAAGUAACAAGCCUAAGACAGAAAGCAGUAUAUAUUUUAGGUGUGCUUUGACCCAAAAGGUUUCCAAGGUAGAAGCAUCAGAUACAACUGGGUGAAGUGAAAGUGGAGGUUGGCAGGAAAUAGCAAAUAAGAAUGAAGUUAUCCUUCUUAAUGCAAGUCAGAGAACAGAGAGAGAUUAGCUGCUUGGUAAUCUGUUGGCAUAAUUGGUCAGUUGGGUCCCAAAGAAGAAUUUGAGGAAUGUGUAGUCACUUAAUGUGUAGUUACCUAGUUUCAUAGAAUGGUUUGGGUUGGAAAGGACCUUAGAGAUCGUCUAGUUCCAGUCCCUCUGCUAUGGCCAGGGACAUCUUCAACUAGACCAGUUGCUCAAAGUCCCAUCCAACUCCUCCAGUUUCUGGUUGGUUUGUUGUAUUUUACCCUGAACUACCUCAUUUAUAGAGAUAGAAUGGGAAGAAAGUUCACAUUUUAAGAAUUGCUCUAAGUAAGCAAUUGAGGCUGGAAUGAGAUGGGAGAGCAGAGGCAAACUCUGUGUUUGGCUCUUUGAUGUGCAAAUUCCUGAUGGAAAAAUAAAACUGACCAUUUGGUUUAUUAAGAUUAUACUUCCUUUAUAGAUUGGUGUCUCCAAAAUAAACAAUAAAGGACAAGGCAGGGCAUUUUUUCAUGAUGAUUUCUGAUCUGUGGAAGAGUUAACUGUCCACAGACCAAAAGGUGGUGAUUUCAUAUUGGUCACUACUGUUUUUAAGAGCAACAGUCUGUUUUUUUCAAAACAGAUUUUUUUUAAUUAUCUCAUGUGCUCUUAAAAUGAACGUACACAUGAUCCUGAUUGUUUUCCUGUAUUUGCAGUCCUGUUUUCCUAAUGUAUCAGCUCCUAAUAACAGCCCUUACUGUAUCUGAAUGCUAAUAAUGUGCAGCCAAUAUAGCUAAUAUUAAGAAACUAUGACACAUUUUUAGUGUGCAGUGUAGUGGAUUUAUAAGCUCAGCUUGAAGUGAGCUACUCUUAGGUCUGUAGCUGGUGGGUCAGAUGGAUGCACAGCUAGCAAAAGAGGGCUUAGAAUAAAUCUGCAGGAGGAAUGCCAAAGUUUUAUUUGCUUAAAAUAAGCAAUUUGAAAAGUAAUCAUGGCGGGGAAAAAGGGCCUUCAUUAUUCAGAAAUACUUUUCUAGGAUCUUGUCCAUGCUCUAAAUUUUAGCUGCCAGGAUAGCUAUUGAGAAACUACAUUGUGUUCAAAAGUUUUUGGCUGGAACAUAAGACUAGAAUAAUGCAUUUUAAAUAUGCUAUUUCAGAGUGAUUGAUACUGUCUCCCUGUUCUAUCUUGAUUGUUUCAAUUCAGCAUUUUCUCAAGAACAGAUGUUGAGGUUGGAUAAAACUAACCUCCUUGUCUUGGAGAGACAUAUUUGUCUGAAAAAAAGAAACAUUGUUCUAGGCGUGUGCUGAUGCUUUUGUGUCUCAUGGUCUUAGCAGGAGAGAUUAUAAUGGAGCAGGAAGACAUGCUGGUGUUUUUCCAAGCUUCGUAGAUAAGAAUGCUGCUAACAGCAGUUAAGUUUCAGAACAAACAUAGCCUCUGAUUGCUGUGUGGCAUAGCUCUGUUGCACACUGAGCUUCUUGAGGUUUUUCUGGAAUUUGCAAAUGUGGCCACUUCUCAACUUGGGCAAUGUCUUUGCUCCCAGGCCUAGUCAGUGUCUCAAACUGAGUUGUUACUGUCGGCCGCCCAGAUACUCACAUUAGGCUGCUUCUUCUGUCUGGCAUGC